AUGGUCGAGCUCGAGGUUGCUGUGCCCGCGCCGCCGCGAACCCCCCACCCCCGGACUCCUUCUCCCGAGCGCGGAGACUCCCAGAAGCUCGCACCCAGAUGUCGCAGCAGGAACAAGAUCCAUGCCGACAGCGCCUCUGAAGCCAGGGUCGCAGCCCUGGAUCCGCUCGUCGACGCGGUGCGCUCGGCCGUGCGCGCGGAGCUGCAGGGCUGCCUCGGCGGGCCCCUGCGAGAGGUGGUGCGGACGGAGCUUGCUGCGGCCCUGCAAGGCUGGCGCAGCCAUUCCGACGGAGAGGCGGCCCUUGGACAAGCGUCGCCCAGCACGGUGGGAGGCCCUCCCGCUGGCGGCGGCGGAUGUGGUUCUGUUGCGCCACCCGCCGGGGGAGGGGCAGAGCUCCCCACGGCGGAGAGCCGAGUUUCCAUCUUGACGCAGACAUCAGUUUCAGACUCGGCCGCUCAGGGGUCCCCUGCAGACGCCCUAGCUCGUGCGGAAGGUACGGACUUCCUGAAGAGAGCUACCCUCCUGCGUCGGAUCGAGAGCUCGUACAGUCUCCGUACCGCGAGUGACGGAGGAGAUAAUGGCUUGCUCUCAAAGUUCAGCCAAAGGUCGAGAACACUGUCGGAGAGCCUGCGCCGCCGCCACUCGUGGUGGCUGGAUGAGGAGCCGCCGCGCUCGGGGCGGCUCGCCAGCUACGUGGAUGGCCCGGGCUUCAAGCUGUUCCUCGGUGCUGUGGUGCUCGUCAACCUCGGGUUCAUGGUCCAAGACGCUGAUGUUAGGAUCAGAAGCCCAGCCGAUCACAGCAUGCUGGCCGCCGAUGUGGUGUUCUUGGUCAUCUACUUUCUUGAGGUAGUUCUCAAGCUCGCCGUGCACGGGGUCUGGUUUUUCAUUGGAGCCGAUUGGAAGGUCAAUCUGCUUGACAUGACGGUGGUCAUCUCCGAUUGUGCCACUGUGGUGUUGGGUACUACGCUUAAGCUACGCUUUCUUAAGCUCGCAAAGGUGGUUAAGGUAUUCGAGCUGAUGUACCACUUGAAAUACCUACAAGCCUUCCUUGUUUGCAUCCAGGGUUCAUUUUCGAGCUUCAUGUGGAGUGUGGUGAUGCUUUUCUCAGUAUACGGGGUAUUCGCACUUUUAUUUAUGCAGGUCAUCACUAGUCACAUCGACGCAAGAGGAGAAACUCUAGAUGAUACCGCUUUUGGUGAGUAUUUCGGUUCGGUCGGACAUUCAAUCACGACGCUUUUCAUGGUAACAACGGGUGGCGAUGACUGGGUCUCUGCGUACGAAGUGAUUGAGGAAACAGGCCCGGUUGGGCGCUUCUUGUUCUUGGCAUUCAUUGCGUUUGUGAAUCUGAAUUUGCUGAACAUCAUCCUUGGCAUAUUUGUAGACUCGGCGAUGAAGGUUCUCUCACCAGAUUCAGAGACGCUUGCCCACGAAUACGUUCGCCGGGAUCACGAGUAUGCCGCGAAGCUCACGAACCUCUGCAGGGCCGUGGACACCGACUGCUCGGGGAGGCUGACACAGGAGCAGUUCAAGCUGGGCUUGAACAAGAAGCGUAUCCCACAUUUGCUCGUUAUGCUAGGGCUGAAGAAGCACCACAUCCUAGAGUUUUUCGAGUCGCUGGCCAAGGCAUCCGACCACGACGGGCAGGUUGAUAUCGACACCUUUGUGGAAGGGUGCAUGCUGUUCAAGGGGGCCAGCACCAAUUUCGAUUUGCAUAAGUUGCGUGUGGAGUCCAAACUCGCCCACGACAAGAUCAUCCAGCUGCUACAGGACAUCACUGUGACAGGUGGGCGCCAGCAUAGCAGCAGUUCCGUCGGCCCGCGGGGAGUCUCCUUGAAUUACCCGUAG